GUCUUUCUUCUCUUCUAUAUAAACUAUCCUUUUCUUGAUCAUUUUCACAUAUUUCUUCAUCUAAUUUUAGUUCAUAUACUAAAAAUGGCUUCAAAAUAUGCAAUAGUCAUUAUAGGACUCUUAGCUUUGGUUAUUAUUGUUCCUUCAAAGAUAGUUGCCAGAGAUUUUCUUCAGACUUUCUCUAGCUAUGAAGCAGGUAGUGGCAUUGCCAAGGAUAUAUUAGUUGGAGGCAGCCCUGCUCAUGCCCCAAACCAAGCAUAUAGGGAAGAAAAAUCAGAAUCAAAUGUUGGAUUAGACGGAUUGGUUGAACAAAGUAAUAUGUCGGGCGUGGGAGGAAGUGUUGAUAAAACUUGUGGGAGGCGGCCUUGCUGCUUCUGGGGAGGGUGUAUAUGUUGCGACUUCCUGUCUUUCUUUAAUCCACUACCUGCGGGUAACUAAAGAAGAAUGUGUUGUUAGAAAUAAUAUAUGUUUUGCUAAAAUAAGAUGUAGACAAUAAAACUCUAAAUACAAACUCAGUCUUCUUUUGCUCC